ACGUGUACACAUGUUAAAUUUGACAGGUCCACAACAUGGGUCCAAAAUGUUUCCAGAUUUGACGAGAUUUUAAACGUUCUGUUGGAUAUGAUUAUAGAAAAAAAACUGCUUUUAUAACAGAUAUUGACACGAAGCCAGAAAAAUGAACAACCAGGAGUUUUUUCACGCUUUAAAAUUAGUGAUUGUGUGUAUGAUGUGGUAUGCAUCAAGUGCAAGUGGAAAUGUAAUUGGAAAACUUGUUCUGAAUGAGUUUCCUUAUCCAAUGACCAUGACCAUGGUACAGUUAUCAUCAGCUGCACUUUACCUAGGACCAAUUUUAAGCCUCCUAGGCGUACCAAAAACUGGCGAAAUAAGUCGAAGAUAUUACUUGACCAUGAUUAUUCCUCUGGCAUUUGGAAAAUUUAUUUCUUCUGUUUCAUCUCAUAUCAGUAUCUGGAAAGUUUCCGUCUCAUAUGCUCAUACAGUGAAAGCUACAUUGCCACUCUUCACAGUUAUUCUGAUGAGACUCUGCUUCAAGGAAAAACAGACCUUACCUGUCUACUUUUCACUUUUACCAAUUAUCGGAGGGGUCUGCAUUGCGACUGUCACAGAGAUCUCAUUUGACCUCAUCGGUCUCCUCAGUGCAUUAUUUGCUACGCUCGGAUUUUCCCUACAGACAAUAUUUUCUAAAAAGACAUUGAAGGAUACAGGUCUCCACCACAUGAACCUAUUGCUGACAUUGUCAAGACUUUCUACGCUAUGUUUCUUGCCAUUUUGGCUAUUGUUUGAUGUUACCCGUAUUGUUCAAGAUAGAAACGUGAUACAGCAUGACAACAAGUUGAUGGCAGUUCUCUUAAUUAUGCUUGACGGCUUGUUCAACAUGUUACAAAAUGUUUUUGCUUUCACUGUUCUGGCAAUGGUGAACCCAUUAAGUUACGCAGUUGCCAACGCCACAAAGCGUGUUGUCAUUAUUGGUGCUUCCCUGAUGCUGCUUAGAAACCCUGUAUCUACAUCGAACGUGAUGGGCAUGCUUGUUGCAGUGUUUGGUGUUCUUUUAUAUAAUUGGGCCAAAUAUUACCAGCGCCUUCAGUCAGAGCGAGAGCGGGUGUUGCCGUAUAUACAAAGUGACAGCGAUCUACAGUCCCUCGUCCAUACGCAUGAAACCUUGCCACAUUCCAAAACGGAGAUUAAUCUCAACAAAAAUGGUGUAGUUUAUAACAAUGUGUUCCUAGAAAACUUGCCACAGUACGAGCAUGUGACUCUGAUUCCAGUUCCUGCUAAUCAAUACGAGAGCCGACAGAACAACGAAGAAUUACAUUCCCGAGGGAGUCACAGUGUCUUCCAUGUGUAAACUUCAACAACCUACAAUAGACAUAUUUACAAAUCAUUUGAAGUCGAGAUUAGAUCUUAUCUUCAAAUUCAACAAUUUUAUAAACAGUUUUACAAUUUGAAUGCUUUUUACCUCAGUUAAAUUUUAGUUAUUGCUUCUAAAAUAACACUAAUUCAGCAUUUUUUUGGUUAAAGAUGAAAAAAAAAUCAAAAUGUUAACUGUAAGUUAAAAAACAAAAAUUCCCUGGCGUAAAAAUGUCACAAUUGUUUGGGUCUGCUUAUUUAUGAUGUGCUCAUACUUUUGAGAAUAAUUUUAUAAUCUUAUUAUUAUAAAAUACCUUUUGUGUUCAUCUGCUUGCAAAGAAAGAAAAAUGCAUUGUUUUGAAAUAAAUUGUAUUCUUAAAACAAGAUUUCAAAUUUUGAGAAAUUAAGUCUGCAUGACUUAUACUGAAGUUAUUUAUAGUAAUGUUUUGCUCUGGCUAGAAUCAUUAUGAAAUCUCACUGAAAAGUUACAUGUACAAAUGAUUAUUUAGAAAUAACUGGGUCUUUCAAAUGAAAUAAGGCAUCAGUAUGAAAAUGAGAUAUAUAUUGGAGUUAUGCUUUCACUGCUGGUUUGUUUUCUUAAAACUAUUCAGAGCCGGCAAAUCAUGUGGCCUUUGAUAUUACAUGUAUUGUAAAACAUGCAUGUUUUAUUGCCUUGUUUUACAACCUUCUUUUACAACCUUCUUUUACUACCUUGUUUUAAUAUUUGCUUGCACAAGCUGCUUUUUAAUGAGAUAAAUCAUGUGAUAUUUUUUUUUUAUAUGACCGUAAUAUAUUAGUUAAAAUGAGCUAGGAGUCUCAACUGUUCAUUUGAUACGGAGUCUUUACUUCCAUAUUGCCACAGAUUAUUUUUCUUAACAAAAUCCAUGUUGCAAAUGAAUAAUCUUUAAUAUUGUUUAGUACUUUUCUUAACCCUUAACCUGAUAUUUUGUGAACCUGAUAAAAUGGCAAAAUUAGGAUUUAUAACAUUUUAAUUUAUUUUAUAAAAAAAUAUUUAUAUAUAUUUAAAAGUAUUUGCUAUUCUGUAUUUGUAUUUUUCUGUUGAUAAUGUCCCUACAAAGCAGCAUUAUUGCAUUCUUUUAAGACCACGCCCCAUUGACCAUAAUCACAGAAUGUUAAAAAAGUCAUAGUUAAACAUUAUAACAAUAAACAAAUUAUGAUGGUUUUGUCUGUUAUUUCAAUGUUCCUUCAAAAUGCUUGUAUGCACAUACAUUGUCAUUAAUGUACAAAUGGGAAAAUCUACCUUCACUCUUACUUUUUGUUUUUGAUGUUUUUAAAGAUCUUUCAUACUAAGUUCCAUUGAUUUACUUCUAUUAAGUUUUUUUUCACCUAAGUACCAUCAUUUUGCUCAAAGAAAUAGUGAUCUAUCAAGAAAGUAUCUUUUGAAAUCUCUUCCAUUGUUUCUCCUUUCAAAUUUUUUUUAAAAUGGUUCUUUGUCAGGGAAAUGUCUUCCAUGUAUUGGCAUACUACUGCCAGAAUCGUGUUCAAAUAUUGAUAUAUGUUCAGUGUAAAUCAAAGCCACUAUUAAACAGCUCUUUGUGUCCUUUUACAAUGACUUUGAUCACUUGUUAUGUAAGGUAUUUGCAGACGUGUGUUGAUAUUUGUUGACAUUGAUAUUUUCAUCAUCAAAAUACUCAUUAUACUCAUUGCUGUGUUUUAACAUAUAUAUCAUACAACUUCAAUACUCAUACACUUACAAGGGAAAAUUAGGAUAUUGUUUGUGUAUAAAUCAUGUGAUGUCUAAGACCAAGUAAAAUGUUGUGGAACUGCAUUUUUCUAGGCAAAAUAGAUUUAAAGUAUGGCUUUAGAUUGAUUUUUGAUUGCCAAAAACAGAUGCCAUAAUACAAGCACAACAUUGUAGAUAUAAAACAUAUUAAUGAAACUUCAUUUUUUUUGGAAAGAGUCAAAAUUACUACUUUCUAAAAAAAUGGUAGAAACCUUUAUAAAGGAUAUAACUGUUCAAUGAUUUCUAUAGCCAGUAUCUAUACUUACAACACUUAUAUGCCAUAAUAUGGCACUUGUGCCUUUGGAAUUUUCUAUAAAGAUUUUGGUUUCAAAAUGCCGUUAUCCACUACAUGUAUCAUUGGUGCUGUUUGUUGUUGUACAUUUUAUAUGGGUAUCUAUGCAUCUCACAUGGGGUAUAAUACGCUUUACAGAAUCUAGUCGUUGAAAAUAAACCAUGAUAUUUUUA